UGAGACAAAAGGGUGUGUUGCUGCUGCUGAUAAAAGGUAGUCUCUCCCCCUCUCUCUCUCUCUCUCUCAUACCACCAGCAGAUGGAAAAAGAAGGAAGUUGUUCAAAAGAAGAAGAAUUAAGACCAAGCAAAUUGAAAAGAAUAUGUGUGUUUUGUGGGAGUAGACCUGGUUUCAGAUCUUCAUUCACUGAUGCUGCGCUUGAACUUGGUCAAGAACUGGUUAAAAGAGAGAUUGGGUUGGUGUAUGGUGGAGGAAGUGUUGGUUUGAUGGGAUUGAUCUCUCAAACUGUCUUUAAUGGAGGUUGCCAUGUUCUUGGAGUGAUACCUAGAGCUCUCUUGCCCCAUGAGAUAUCAGGAGAAACAGUUGGGGAGCUAAGAAUAGUGGCAGAUAUGCAUCAGAGGAAGUCUAUAAUGGCGGAAAAUGCUGAUGCUUUCAUUGCACUUCCUGGAGGGUAUGGAACCAUGGAAGAGUUAAUGGAGAUGAUCACCUGGUCUCAACUUGGAAUCCAUGACAAACCAGUGGGGUUGCUAAAUGUGGAUGGAUACUAUAACAGUUUACUUGCUUUGUUUGACAAAGGAGUAGAGGAAGGUUUCAUAGAAGUUUUAGAAAGAAAGAUUAUGGUUUCAGCUGAUACUGUACAAGACUUGAUCAGUAAAAUAGAGGAAUAUGUGGCUGUGCAUCAAGGGGUUGUACCCAAACAAAGUUGGGAAAUGGGCCAAUCAUCAUUAGCCUAAAUCCAAUGGUAUAUAUAUAUAUAUAGUAUAUAUAUGUAUUAUAUGAUGUUUGAAUCAUUCAAUCUUAAGCCAAGUUAAUUGUUUUCUUUAUGAUUGAAAAUGUCAUAUUUAGAACAAUACUCUUAUAAUAAUAUGUACAU